AUGGAAAUCGUCAGAAGGGAAAAUUCAUCGCUAUUGGAUGACGAUCAGCUGGUGAGAGAUGUGGAAUCAAGGAUACCUUCGUUACCGAUUGCAUACUGGAGUAAAAAUAAGAACUUUCUUCAACAGAAAUCGUCCACGUGCGCCAAGUACCCUUCUAUAUUUGAACUGGAAUUCAAUAAUAUCUACUGGCAAACGAUGCGGACCAGCAAUGGGACAUUUCAAUUAUUUGGAGCCUAUUACGAUAUUCGAAAAAAUUCAUUACUGGGCCCCACGGUACGAAUUUUAGGAAUGAUUGAUCGCAUCGAACCAAAAGUAAAGACCUAUUGCCAGUUUUGGUUCGAUGGCCAAAAAGAACCGUUUAUUGUCAAGACCUAUGAAUACAAGUACAUCUGGUACAACAAAUGGGGAAAUUACAAACAGGGCAUCUACCAGCCGUAUUUGAUCGCGUGUCAAAUACCUAAACCCUUCCACGGUGUGGUGCCCAGUUCGGUGUCGAUGGUUGAAAAGGAAUGUGAUACGGCCACAAACAAUUUAAGAGUUAUAUACAACCGACCCCCCGACGACCAGAAAAAAGGCUUCGCGGUUUGCGUCAAGGGCUUAGACUUCUUGUAUGACGAUUUGUCAGUGCGAUUAAUUGAGUGGAUAGAACUUCUAAACAUGUUGGGGGCCGAUAAAAUUUUCUUUUACAAUCUACAAGUCCAUCCAAAUAUUUCCAAGGUAUUGAAUCACUACGAACAGGAAGGCAAAGUGAGAGUAAUUCCCCUGACACUGCCGGGUGGCCAACCAAACGUGCCCGGAUUCCAGCACCUCUACUUAACUAAAAAGACUAAUCACAAGCGACAGAACGAAGUUAUACCCUAUAACGAUUGUUUGUACAAAAAUUUAUACCUUUACGAUUAUAUAGCGCUGCUAGACAUCGACGAAGUUAUUAUGCCGAAAGGCAAUUUCGUUUUAUGGUCGGAAUUGAUGGCCAAGGUAGUCCCAGACUCCCUCAAAGUCAGACCGGAGGGAUACCACAGUUUCAAUUUUCGCAACGUGUACUUCCUGGAUGACCAGCAGCAUGAACACGGUUGGCACAAAGACAUACCGAAAUACAUGCACAUGCUGCAACACGUCUACCGGGCCAAAAACUACACAAAGCCAAAUCAAUACGUCAAAUGUUUUCACAAUCCCGAGAAGGUGCUGACCCUGCACAAUCAUUUUCCACUGGCAUGUCUAGGGGGUGUGUGCAAGUCCUACCCUGUAGAUACUAAAGAUGCACACUUGCAACACUACCGGGCAGAUUGUGUCAAUACCUUAAAGAAAUCUUGCGAAGAGUUCCGAGAAAACUCCGAGGAGGACAAGACCAUUUGGAAAUACAAGGAUGAGUUAAUACGUCGAACCAUAAAAGCGUUGGACACGUUGGGAUUCUUCCGCCGUUCAUCGACCAUGUAUGGCAGCGGUUAUGGGUCAACAACGCACUCCUCAGAACGGUGAUUACCAAAUUCCUGGUGGUCUCUGGCUAUGCCAGCAUGGUGGGGCAUUCUGCGGGGUGGUAAACAGUUUAUUAGCGAAUCAAUUUCCUCAACCACAAACGUGGCUAAAGUAAAUAGAAAUAGUUUUAGAAGUCAGACCGGUAAUAUACACCAAAUGGCAAACACAAUAGAAGGGAGAGAGAAUUGGGACAAUAUGUCUACAAAUAUUGGGAGUCCAAAACAAAUUCAAAUUUCUUUUUUCGACGAAAAAUCUAAUUCGUUCUCUACUAUUGCUGACGACCUUUCCAACAAAAUAUCCAGAGCUAGUUCUAACAAAAGAUAAUGAAACCUUCGAGUGAAUUGGCUGAUACGCAUCCUAUCCUGUGGACAUUGUCGAAGUAAUAAUUUACUGCAUUUUAAUUGCGUCAUAUGCCUCUGCAAAUUGGGUUUUUGUCAUGGAAAUAUGGUUAAUUUCUACACUCCCACAACUUUAAGAAUUUCGAUUUGCAUCUCAUUCAUCCAUUACUUCAGCACCGAAGCUUAAUAUCGAAAUUUAAUAUCGAUGCACUCAACAACAAUACUAUUCUAUGUUUAUUACUUCUAACGUUUGUCCAAGACCCUUAAUUCACUCUCCUAGUAAAUUUAAAAGGAUAUUUUGACAUUGUUGAAACGUAUAUAAUUUAGGUAAAACCAAUAAGAUAAACUAGCAUAAGAUGAUAUUUUUCAAAAAUGUGCCUUGUAAAUCAGAAUUAUGUUGUUAUAUAAAAAGAUGAUGAAACAAGUCCCUACAUUUCAUUGUAAGCAUGUAUAUUUGAAAUCUGUAUAAGGAACCAUAUUGUAUAAUGUAGUAUUUAUUUUAAUAUUGUACAUGUAAGCAGUCUCAAAUGGGAAAAAGAACAACAAAGUGGAUCUGAAUUAUUAAUUUAUGAACUGACAAUUUGUGCGAAAAUGGAUAGGCAAUACUAACGAUACCAUAUAUAUAUAUAUAUUACUCGAUCUUUUUUGUCAGAUCGUACAAAUAACAUCAUUGCUCUAAAAUUUUAAUUCGUUCGUAACUUACUUCAAGUUCAGAGUGUUUUCACAAAGUUCCAACACUUGAAGAGCAAUGUAUAAACGAUAGUUUCCGCUUCCACUUGUACCGUUCUAAUUACUGGUUCCUUGAUUUAUUCUCAAAUCAAAGUAGAAAUUGUUUUAAAGAGCUAAGUUAAAGACUGAAAUUUUAGAAAAUUGUUCAUUAAUGUUACGUCUAGUUAAUAAAUAUAUUCAUAAAUAAGCACAGACAGACAUACAUACAUUUGUACAUAUAACUAUCAAAAAAUUAUGUCUUUGAAAUAUGUAGCGAGGAAUUAUUAGAGAUAAUUACAAUAUUAAGAUGUAUGUUCAAAGAAGCGGCAACAUAUUUACAUUAAAUUCACAUAGUUAGCAUUAAAGAACUUUGCAUAAGAGGUUGUGUAGAUCUAUGUGUGCCGUUUGUUUCGAAUAUGGUACAUAAAUAGUGGGAACGUUGUUAACCACAUGUACGAAUAACUAUUGCACAUAUUCAAAUAUGUAGCUUACUAUCGCAAAAAUUGUUAUUAAGAUUACCUAGAUGGAAAACAACAUUAACAACUUCAAACCCGCAAUCUUUCCUUUUUAACGAUACUAUGCAAACAAGCUAGGUUAACGCGACGGUACUAUGCGAUUGCGAAAUCGAUACUGUUUCUUGACUUUGUAGGCUUGAGCAUUUUUAAUGGAUUCAAUAUUUGUUUUAGUGCAACUUACUGAUAGUUGUUAAAAUCGCGAAACGCCAUAAAUAUAAUUCAGAUUGUUGCGACGUAAAAUUCAUCUAAAUAUUGUUCGGUUACGUAAUCUAAAUUUUAAAACUAUCGAAAUGGAAAGCAAAUCGUUUUAGAAAUAAAUGAAUGUACCAAUAUUUAAAACACAACGGCUAAUUAAUAGGUUGAAAUGAACACACCUAGCUCUUAAAUGCGACAGUCCAUUUUUUGGCCAGUGAAA